UUUAACCUUCUCUCGAACGCAAGCAUCUAAAAAAUGGCGAAGAAGUACGAGCAAUUUAGAUGCCAACCGAGGCUUCCAAAAUUUGCUAUCCCGAAAAGGUACGAUCUCAAGCUCAUACCAGACCUCAUCGCCUGUAAGUUUUCAGGAACCGUCGAGAUCUCUAUCGAUAUCGUCGCCGAUACCAAGUUCAUUGUCCUCAAUGCCGCAGACCUCUCCGUAGAUUCCAAAUCUGUUCGAUUCCAAUCGAAAAGCGAGUCAAAGGGAUUGGAGCCUUUGCAAGUAGAAUUUUUUGAAGACGAUGAGAUUUUGGUGCUGGAGUUCGGUGAAACUUUGGCUCUCGGUCUUGCUGUAUUACAUUUAAGUUUUGAAGGCACACUGAAUGAUCAAAUGAAAGGUUUUUACAGAAGGUAAUUCGUCCUUGAUCUUG